CGUCUUCCCACUCCAUUCAUUCCCUCCUCGCUGGUCGCCGCGCAGACCACAUCUUGAAUUGUCGGGAUACUCGUAGGGCUUUCCGUGCCCGAGCCUCCGUCUCUUCCUCCGCCGACUGACUUUCGGAGAAACCCCUCGGCUCUUCGACAUGCUGCGACAGCACUGUCGCCAAACACUGCAAUGCUCGCGGGCGAGGAUCGUCACGCGGACACCCUCGAGGUCAAUGGCCACACAUUCUGCCUCUGCCGAAGCGGGAAUGGCGGAUCCGGCGGCAUACUGCAAGGACCUGGUGCGGAAACGCGACUACGAGAGCUACCUGAUCGGAGCCUUCUAUCCUCGGCAUUUCCAAGGGGCUUUCUUCGCGCUCCGUGCAUUUUAUGUGGAACUCGCUUCGGUUCAAGAUACCGUAUCCAAUGCCGCAAUUGGGAAGAUGCGGAUGCAGUUCUGGCGGGACGCCAUCAAGAGCAUUGCUGAUGGCAGACCGCCACGGCACCCGAUUGCGCUCGCGCUUCAUGAAGCAUCGCAGAAGGCGUCCCUCCCGGCGUAUCAUCUGCGCAGGAUCAUUGAUGCUAGGGAUGCUGAGCUGCAUACUCCGACGCACCUCACUAUCGACUCCCUGACGGCACACGCAGAGUCAACAUCGUCGACGUUCCUCUACGUGCUGCUCUCAUUACUCAACCUAUCGGCGUCUUCAACGUUCUCCCACGCCGCAUCGCACUUGGGCGUGGCGCAGACCAUACACGUUCUGUUACGUGCGCUACCGUACCACGCCUCGAAAGGCAGGAUGGUCAUUCCCGCAGAGAUCACUGCGCGUCAUGGCGUACGCCAAGAAGACGUGUUCCGCGUGGGCGGGGACGCGGAGGGCAUUUCCGACGCCGUCUUCGAAUUCGCGACGGUCGCGAACGACAAUCUGCUUACCGCGCGGGAGAUGUUCAAGGAAACGGGCGGCGAUGGCGGGCAGGUGCCGCAAGUGGCCAUGCCGGUGUUCCUGUAUGGGAUCCCGACACGCGACUACCUCGGACGCCUUGAGGCGGUCAAUUUUGACGCAUUCAAGCCGUCGUUACAGUUGCACGACUGGAAGUUACCGUGGCGAAUUUGGCGUGGCCGCCACAAGCGGGAGUUUUGAGGCUUUUGACGCCGGAGCGGAGGUCGCGUCGACGGGGUUCGGGACGUCGGCCGGGGAGGCUGCGGGCGAUCUAUGCGUAGCUACAGCGGCACACAUAUGUACGGAGCCAAUACUAUACUGUGCCGUGAUACCGG